CUAAGGAAUAUUUUUCUUUUUACAGCUAAAGGGACGUACACAAAUUGGUUGGGGCCGCGUACUCAGCUUUCUGCCACCGAAUAGAUACUUCGGCCUUUUGAAUAGGAAAAUUGUGGGACGGCUUCAGCUCAAGUGAAGUGGCUCGCAUCAUAGAUAUAUAUCCUGUUUUUGGAUAUCUGGAGAUGUCUCCUCCAUCCAUCAGACAUUGAGCUCCUUUCUUGACAUCACAAGCUAAGAGCUGAAGAUCUUCUUCGUCCUCAACCGAGAAAAUUUGUUGAGGAAAUGGCAUCUAGGAGAAUUCUCAAAGAGCUCAGGGACUUGCAAAGAGACCCGCCCACUUCAUGCAGCGCAGGACCCGUAGCUCAAGACAUGUUUCACUGGCAAGCAACCAUAAUUGGCCCAAACGACAGCCCUUAUGCAGGUGGUGUCUUCCAAGUUACCAUUCAUUUUCCACCUGAUUACCCUUUCAAACCGCCUAAGGUUGCAUUCAGAACCAAAGUAUUCCAUCCAAAUAUAAAUAACAAUGGAAAUAUCUGCUUGGAUAUCCUCAAGGAUCAAUGGAGUCCAGCGCUCACCAUAUCCAAGGUUCUACUAUCCAUAUGCUCACUUCUCACGGAUCCAAACCCAGAUGAUCCACUAGUGCCAGAAAUUGCUCACAUGUACAAGACUGAUAGAGUCAAGUACGAAUCUAUGGCCCGUAGCUGGACACAGAAGUAUGCCAUGUGCUGAACCUGAAUCCCCCCAUCGGCUCUCCAUUCACCACAAAAUGUUUACUCAUGAGAAUCGAUCCAUUCUCUCCUAGAUAGGCUAUGAUGAAUUUUCUCCUCCUUUGAGGCUACAACGCCACGACAGCAAAAGCGUUGAAUAAAAUUUUAAUUUGCUUUA